AUGUUCUCAUUAUGUGUAAUUGAUGAAUUGUAACAAUUCAUUACUGAAUUUUCUUAAAGUUUCAUGCACUUAAUUAAUAAAUUUGUAUAAAUGCAAUUUAUCUGCAAAAGGAAGCGUAAACUUUUCAAUAGCAAUUACAAGAUUGGAAUCAAAAAUAAUCAGAUCGUCAUACUAGAUGGAACUAACAUCGUCAAAUACACCAUUCCCUUCUACUCGGAGAUCGAAGUAAAUUGGAACUUGGACGAGAACAAAUUAAUCGGAUUUGAGUUUCUUUACAACAAGAAACUCAUUUAAUUCGAAAUGAAACCAGAAGAUUGCCAGGUAUUCUAAGACACAGUGAAAUCAUAAAUCUUCUUUUCAAACUUAUACAAGUUUUAUAAACCCAUUUAUGAAAUUGGUAAAGGAAGUUAUAGUAAUGUUUUGAAAGUAGUAAGUUAUCAGAAUAAAAAUAUGUAUGCCUGCAAGUGCAUAGAACCCAACGACAACUUUUCUGAACAAGAUAUUAUGAAUGAGAUUUAAAUACAUUCUUUAAUAAACCAUUAAAAUAUAGUUAGACUGUUGGGGAUAUCCAAAACUCAAAGGCAUUUCUAUUUACUUUUGGAAUUGCCAAAUGGUGACACUUUAAAAAAUUACAUGUGUAAGAAGAUCAAAUUAAGUGAAGAAGAAAUCGUUGGAAUUCUUAAAUAAUUAUUAUAAGCUAUAGAUCAUCUCCACUCGAACAACAUCAUCCAUCGAGACAUCAAGCCAGAAAACAUCAUCUUGCAACACUCCGACGAUCAAACUCUCAUUAAAUUGAUUGACUUUGGGCUUGCUGCGAAUCUCAAUGAUCCCCAUAUUUAGUAUAAAGUAUGUGGAACCAGUGGCUAUGUAGCUCCGGAAGUGAUAAACAACAAUGGACUCACACCAUAUGGCACAAAAUGUGACAUCUUUAGUUGCGGAGUGAUCCUCUAUUAAUUACUCACUCAUAAAUAUUUAUUUGAAGGAGACUCAAAAUCAGAAAUAUACGAGAAUAACAAACUGUAUCGCAAAGCUGAUUACAACUUUGGAGAUAUCCACUACUACUUUCAGAAUCUACUCUCCCAAAUGCUUGAAGAUAAUCCACAAAAGCGAAUCAAUGCUAAAGAAGCACUCACUAUUUUGGAGCAUAUUUCAAGACAAAUUGAUGAGAUUCCUGCAGAUGAUAACAUAUAGAGAUUGCCUGUCAUGAUGUCAAUCAAACCGAAAUCAGAUCCUAAUCUUAUGAACAUAGAUUUCUGA